CCAAAGAAUUUGACUUCAGAUGAGUUAACUGAGGAAGGGCAUGAUUUCAUUUAAGAAUGACUAGGAAGUUUGAUAGUAGAAUGGAGAAUAAAUUAGAGAAAGACAAGAUUGAGGCAUAAACAUUAAUUUACAGAUGUCGUAGGAGAGAAAGGAUAGAGACAAGAGCAAAGAUUGAGGCAGAGAGAAAAUACUGUCAACGUGUAUUUAUUGAAGGCAUUGGAAAGAUGUGGAAAGAUUUAAGAGACAUUUAGGAGGUAAAAGUGACAGGUCGUAAUGACUCAUUGGAAUUGAAGUGGGUAGAAAAAAGGGGUCAAGGAGGAUUUAAAAUUUUCUGAUCUACAGAACAAGCCACUACUUGAACAGCUUGACUUUUAAAGUGCCUUGACAUCUACAGGUGGAGGUGUCUAUCCUGUUGAAUAUUUGAGUCUAGUGCUUGGACGGAGGCUUGGACUGAAGAUCGAUUUGGAAGUCAUCAGAUGUCCCUGGUAGAUUUGGGAAAGAAGCUUUUAGAAGCAGCACGAGCAGGUCAAGAUGAUGAAGUUCGUAUUUUGAUGGCAAAUGGAGCUCCUUUUACUACAGACUGGCUGGGAACCUCUCCACUUCAUCUGGCAGCACAGUAUGGGCAUUACUCCACCACAGAAGUACUACUCCGAGCUGGUGUAAGCAGGGAUGCGAGAACCAAAGUGGACCGAACGCCAUUACACAUGGCAGCUUCUGAGGGCCAUGCCAGCAUAGUAGAGGUUUUGCUUAAGCAUGGUGCUGAUGUUAAUGCAAAGGACAUGUUGAAGAUGACAGCUCUACAUUGGGCCACGGAACACAAUCAUCAAGAAGUGGUGGAACUUUUAAUCAAAUAUGGUGCUGAUGUACACACACAAAGUAAAUUUUGUAAAACUGCAUUUGAUAUUUCAAUAGACAAUGGGAAUGAAGAUUUGGCAGAGAUAUUACAGAUUGCUAUGCAGAACCAAAUCAACACAAACCCCGAGAGUCCUGACACUGUGACGAUACAUGCUGCCACACCACAGUUUAUCAUCGGACCUGGAGGGGUGGUGAACCUAACAGAUGAAACAGGUGUAUCAGCUGUUCAGUUUGGGAACUCUUCCACAUCAGUAUUAGCUACAUUAGCUGCCUUAGCUGAAGCGUCUGCUCCGUUGUCCAAUUCUUCAGAAACUCCAGUAGUGGCUACGGAGGAGGUAGUUACUGCAGAAUCUGUGGAUGGUGCAAUUCAGCAAGUAGUUAGUUCGGGGGGUCAGCAAGUCAUCACAAUAGUUACAGAUGGAAUUCAGCUUGGAAAUUUGCACUCCAUUCCAACCAGUGGAAUAGGUCAGCCCAUCAUUGUGACCAUGCCAGAUGGACAACAAGUAUUAACAGUACCAGCAACCGACAUUGCGGAAGAAACUGUUAUAAGUGAAGAACCACCAGCUAAGAGACAAUGUAUCGAAAUAAUUGAAAACCGGGUGGAAUCUGCAGAAAUAGAAGAGAGAGAAGCUCUUCAGAAACAGCUGGAUGAAGCAAAUCGAGAAGCACAAAAAUACCGACAGCAGCUUCUAAAGAAAGAACAGGAAGCAGAGGCCUACAGACAAAAAUUAGAAGCUAUGACUCGCCUUCAGACUAAUAAAGAAGCUGUUUAAUUGAAAUGAACAUGUUGUUUGGAUUUACUUUUGGUUAAGAAAGAACCCAGUCUUGAACUGUACGCAAAAGGUGCAGUCGCAGGAAAGCAGGAGAGCAGAAGAGACUAUGGAUUGAUGACUGGACUUAAGCCAUGAGCUUUGAAUUCUUGUAACAUAAAACUUUACUUUAGAAGUUGUGAAAUGUAUUUAAAACUGAAUUCUGUAAAUAGUUUUUGUUUUUUUACAGUUCCAAAUGAGUUAUAAAGAUUGUUGAAGAGAUCCAAAAACACAAUAAGCCACUGUUUUUGUGAAUUCUUUUUGAUUUUAGUAUGAACCUUAAUUUCUCAGAAACAGAACAGUUUUAAGGGUGAUCGUUGUUGAUUAGACCAAAUGUUAUGUAAUAAUUAUGUGGUGGACUGAUGCUGGAAUUACUCCUGUAGGUAUAAACUUCUAUGUGAAGAGAAGAUUUCUCUCAGGAAAUCUUUGUACAGCUUUAAGUUGUCUCAGAUUCUCUGAAAACAUUUUUUAGAAAGCAAAUUUUUAUAUUUGUUCAAUUUCAGCUAUACCCAAGUAGAUUUACAUGUAUAUGAAGCAAAUAUUUUUUAAACUUUCUGUUUGUACAUAUUCUGCAUGUUUUAUAAUUUCAAAACGCAUCACUUGCAUAAGUAUUUUUCCCACAAAGAUGAUGAAAGUUACUAGAAGAAAAAAGUCCUUUUAUUUAGUAGGUCAUUGAAAGUAAGUAAGCUUGCAGCUGGUUUUAUUGGAAUGACAAUGUUCUUAGAAGGAGCAGCUUACAAGAAAACUUGAAUUUGCAAACUGCAAAAUCUAUGCUUUUUUGAAAAUUUCAUAGUGGGGACGUGAAACUGUAUUCUGUGCCUUCCAUCAUGAUUUCCACAUGAAAGCACUUUAAGGCACUGGAUUUUAAGAUAACGUUUUUGGAAUACUCAGAGCAUAUGGGUUUCUGAAAUAUUUCAUGGACUCAUUUCUCCCCAGGAAAUUAUUCUUACGGAAAAAAAAAAUUGCUUUUGUAUGUAGAACAAGAACUUUUUGUACUACAGUGAUGCUAUAGAUAUGUCUAACAUAACUUUUACUUUUCCCUGUGAAAGCUGUAUGUCUGUGCUGUGACUUGCUCUCAUCACAAUAUUGUUGAAUUCCACAAUGUAUGGACGUUAAACUCUGACAUACUGUUCAUUCUUUUUUUGUAAAACAUAACUUCAAGCUCUUUUUUCUUGCCUUAUUUUUAAUGUUUUAUUGCUUUAUGAAAAUGUUUAACCCUAAGACCCUCCUAGAUUACCUAUCUGUAUAAAGAAGCAAUUACCCUUAAAACUGUACUCUGGCCUACUUUUCUAUUUUACAAUUAAAUAUCUUUUCCACAUA